AUGGAGCACGUUCCGACGGAUAAUCCCGACAGUACCAAUGGCGAUGUCGGCCAAAUCGUGACAAAAAUGGUAUCCUGGAAGGAUGUGACGGACGACGACCUACCCUACCGCGCGUCCAUCAACCCCUACACUUACGAAAAAUGCAGAAAAAUUUAUAAUCACUAUUUCCAGGAUCUCGAACGCUUGGGACAGUUGGAGACAACUGAAGAAACUGUCAAUGUUAGAAAAGACAUCGAUAAAAAAAUUAAAGUAGGCGCAAAACCACUUAGCGGCGUACGCGGCAUAUACUACACCCGUGGCACAUGGAGGGUGCAGUACCGCGGACGCAACAGGGAAGUGGUGAGUUGCGUGUUCAACUACGAUAGUAAAGAUGUCCUUAUCGCAACUUUCGAUCUCGCCUUCCGGCUGCUGCGCAGGGUCAUUGACCUGGGACGCCAAAUAAAAACUGAAGAUGGAAUGGUCAUAACGGAGCUAACGGAGGAGCGGCUGCUCGACCUGGAUCGCCGGUCUAGACUGCGUUCAGCAAAGAAUGAGUCUACUGGACCGCGGGACGUGCAAAGUGUUCCAAGCAAACGCAUCAGGCGGCAGCGGCAAGAUCUAUACACAGAAAAUUAUAACAGCGACGCCGAUGACAGUGAUGUGGAGCCUCGACAUUCCACUGUUAGAAAAAAGAGCAGACCGUCCGCAAGUAAAUCGACGCAUUACUCAAAGACACUGCCCAGCCAUGGCCGAGGGCCAGAUACGGCUGGAGAAGGCAUGACGAUACCUCCGAAUCUGGGCUACUACGCGGGUAAGCUGGAUUCAUUUGAGCGUCUUUUUCAGUCGUACAACAAAUUCAACACCCUCGAGCUUAUUAGCUACCUCAUAGAUGAAAGUCGAAUGCGAAACAGGCAACGUUCAGUGGCCAACCGACAGGCGGCGCUUCCCCAGAGUAGCGCCGCGCAUGAGACAUCUGUCAUCGAAGAGGAAUCAGCCACUGAACGUAUAUCUAUGGACGGGUCGUCUGUGAGUGAAUGCGUCUACGAUCAAGACGAUAUCGAAGUCAAUGCAGAUGUCGAAUACUACCAACACGGAGACCACGGUAUGUGCACUAUGAUUGCAAAGCCGAGGACAUAUGUAAUCAGAAUGGUAUGA